GUGUCAUUUUUCAUAUUUGGCGGGCGACUGAUAUAAUGCACAAUUUCAAUAACAAAUUAAAGUUCAAAUUUCUAGAAUCUAUAAAUCAGAACCAUACGUAGAGCAACUGAACAUGCAAAAUGCCUCCAAUCAAAGUCGAUUAUGUAAUGAGCUUCAGCAGUGAAGAUCCGGUCCACGUAGCGAGUAACGUCUUAAAGAAUGACUCAAAAAAGUGGAAAUGCCGAACCGCCGGAGAAAAAAUGGCCGUCAUAGUGCUCCAGCUGGAAAAAGCCACGGAAAUCUCUGGAAUCGAUAUAGGGAACGAGCACUCCGCCUUCGUUGAAGUUUUGGUGUCUCGAUCCGGAGGAGGGGACGACUUUAAAGGCCUUCUCAUGGCUUCUGCCUUCAUGACCCCCGCGGAGGCCAAACAGAGCCAGAACGUCAAUCAGGUACGGAUGUUCACGAAAGAACACCUGUUGAAGCCGCAGUGCGACGAGAAGUGGGACAGAGUCAAAGUGGUGUGCACACAGCCUUUCAACAGGUAUGUGCAGUACGGUCUGUCGUUUAUUAUUCUUCACACAAAGGAGGAGAAGCCAUCAGGCACUUUGCAGGGUAAUAUCGGGAAGUUCGCUCUCAGGCCGGCUUCUCCUGAUAUUUUCACGGCCGGGAGCUUGUUUGCCAAGGUGAAGGAGCAAAAGAAGGAGGAGAAAUUAUCAGGUGCUGCUGCUAUACGGGAGGCUGCCUUGGCCACUUCCUUGGCAAGGUUUGGUUCCCCCAAGUGUAAACCCAAACUGAAGACUGGUGACUCCGCUCCUACACAGAACCGCACGAAGGUUCAGCAGUCCGAGGAAGGUGAAGAACAGCCUCGAAAGGACAGGAAUCGGACGGGACUCUUUUAUAGCGAAGACGAUGAUAAACCAAACGAAAAAAUUGACCGGAUCAUUAAGAAGAAGAAGGAGGAGGACGAGGCGAAGAAAAACAAAGACGAAGGCAGGAAACAGAGUGCGGAGCUCAACAUUUGGGGGCUUCCCAAAGUUAAGACGAAAGAUGAUGAAAGGGAGGAGGAUGUGAGGCGAGAUAAGGACGGUGAGAAAGCUAAGAAGAAGGUGAAAGACGCAACACCAGCCAAAGGUAGCAAACAGAAGGAAGUUAGUAACCAUGAUAGUCCCAGCACUUCCAAACAAAACGAAUCAAAGCGAGACCUGAAGAGAAAGCUGCAAGAGGACACGACAAAAGAAGACACUAAAAAGAAGAAAAUGAACAUUCCCGUCACGAAGCCAUAUGAAAGAUUGUUGGAAGGUAUCACUAUUGUCGUUAGCGGAAUUCAGAAUCCCGACAGAGCGAUGCUUCGAACGACAGCCUUGUCAAUGGGGGCCAAGUACAAGCCGGAUUGGGAUUCGAGUUGUACCCAUUUAAUUUGUGCCUUUGCAAACACUCCAAAAUUCAACCAGGUGAAAGGCAAAGGGAAGAUAGUGAGGCAGACAUGGUUGGAAGAGUGCCACAAACAAAGAAAGAGGUUGCCGUGGAGAAGAUACGCUCUAGAUAAAAGUGAUAAGGAUAAAGACGAGAGCGAAGAUGAGAUAUGCGAAGCAGUAGAGACCGUUGAGAUGGACGUACUGAGCGAUUCACCAGUAGAAACCGAUCUGGAUUACAACGACCAUAGAGACGAGGGGUCUGAUACCGAAGAAAGGAUAGCAAAAAUUUUGGCAGCACAAUCCGCUACCGAGAAAAAAACUAGCCCUAGCGCGAAAGCAAACGGCGAUAUUUAUUGCGUGGAUACGGACGAAGAAGAAUUUCCAGAAAAAUCCAAGGUGCCGGAAGUUGAGGAACUGGCAGGCUUUUUCGAUGGCAAAGUAUUUUACGUGGAUCAGUCUUUUGACGACGAAACGUAUGCCAAGCUGAGAAAAUACAUCGUAGCCUAUAGAGG